AUUCAAAAUUUAUCACUUCAGUUUGAAGGAUGGGAAUUUGCUUUGAGCCCUGAUCAAUUUAACCUUGUUUCGAUCCUCAAAUUCCGUCGUAUGAAAGAUGACUUCACGUACAAGAAGAGUGUUGAGCAUGCUGAAAUAUUUAAGUUUGUAUUGUACAUUGCGGAAACAGCAACUGAUAAAAAAUGGAAAGAAGUCGCUUCAGCUCUCAAAGAAAAUGAAAUGAUUAAACGCCAAACGCAGUGGGAGGAAGUUAAAUUAUUCUGGAAUAUUGUUGAAAACGAAAAAGUUGACUUAGAUGAACGUUUGUUGAAAAAGAAGUUGGAGCAAGCCAAGACCCAGUUUAUUGUUGAUCGUUAUGUGUCAGGGAAUGAAGCUCAUGUGAUCGCAGACAAGGCAAAAUUAGAUUAUAUGUUGGCCCUUGACUCUCCUAGUGUUCUUACAAUACCACCAUCCGAUACUUCUUUCAAAACACCACCACUCGAUACUUUUCUCACAACACCACCACCCAAUACUUUUCUUACAACACCAGGAAAUAAGGCCAAUACUGUCUUGAACGAGAAUCAGAAGGAUAAACCAAUAACUGGAAGUAAGCGAAAAUAUCCAAAUGAGGAAUCAACUCUGUCAACUCCGUCAACUCCCCCAAAUAAGCAUGCAAGUCCACCAGAAAGCUGGAUUCGCUCAAAAAAUUGGAAUUUGUCCUCGGGAAAACUUGUUAAAGACAUUUUUGCUAAAAAUUUAUCUCAACAUACUGAAAUGUUAAAAAAUAAAAAGAAGCUGACUGCAGAAGAGAAAGCAACUUUAAGAUAUGGAGUAUCAAGAGUUAUUGAUCUUUCAGCUCAUAUGCGAGUAUGGUUUACUGAAACUGAACGUCAGGAUAUGAUGAAAGAUCAUGAAGAAAUUCUCAAAGUUCCUGAAUUGACAAAAGACAUUAAUGAGUUCAUUGCAAAGGUGGAAAAAAUGAUAAAGGAAGGCGAUGCUAAUGGGGCAUAUAAAUAUUGUCUUAAUCAGCAUGCAGAUGCAUCCGUCAAUACGUGUUUUUACAAAAUAAGUAAAAUAUAUGGUGAUUUUCUCUACAAUGUUAAAGAUGGAAAUGAUCUUUUAUAUUGUGGCGGUGAGCAUCACACCGAAAUUGAUGUUAUUGUAAAAACAUGUUCUUACAUUGUCAAUGGACUGCAGAAUGGAACUGAAAUACAUUGUAAAUGGGGAGAGUCUUUUUGUCCUUUAAGCCAGUCCGCUAAUUAUGAAAGAGGUAGGAAAUGUGAUGUCCGAUUUUUAAGUCAUACGGGAAUAGAUCUUGGUGAAUGGGAGUUUUCCGCUCAAGCAACUCCAACUAAAGCAAUCGAAGAUCGUUGUCGCUCAGCUAGGAUAAACCAAUCCAUCUUAAAUGGCCUGUUGAGCAGAGAUUUAACUGACGCACAAACGGGUAUUAUCAAGGUUCCAUAUUUACAAAUUGCAGGUGCCUUUGGACAACUAUUGGUAGAAGACUUGGUAAAUGGUUUCUAUGUCGUUUAUCCGGGACCAAUAUUUGAGAUACCAACAAGAUUGAAUCACAUUAGAAAAUUAAAAUCGGUGAUAAUAUCUUUUAAGCAUAUAAUGGAAAUGUAUAAAGAAGUCAACGAAAUACUUGAUGAGUUAAACCAUAGUCGGAACUUACAUGAAGAUAUUUUCAAAGUUGAUGGCGUUAGAUCAUUACGACACAAUUCAUACAAAUCAGUGUUCAUCCAUAAACCAUGGUGGACACCAAAGAGCAAAUCUCAAAAAUCUCAAGUAUUAACUGCAAUUGAAGAGAUGAAAAAAUA